AUGCCGACCGGCGUUGAGAUCAUACUAACGGAGCCGGCCGUCUUUUUGCACGCACAGAGCCAGGUAUCCCCGUCAGAGAAUGAAGCACAUGACGCCACAUCGCCUUCAGAGCAGGACACAUCCCCGCCGCAGGUGCGUGGCAUCGUGCGCCUCACUUUGAGCAAGUCCACACGCGUCAAGGACAUAAGCAUUACGCUCACGGGCAUGACACGGACAGACUGGCCUGAGGGCCUAAAGCAAAAUGGCAUCGAAGUCAUUGAGCAAAUUGAGAUUUUGCGGCUAAAAACGAGCAUUUUUCGCUCAGGGGAAGGCACACCCCUCAUGCCUGGCACUACGCCCCUCGAGGCGCGUCACGAAACAGCACAACCACAGCCAGGACGUGGCACUAAUACGCCGCGGUACAUGUGGCCUGAGGAGGUGCGAGAACAGUCGCGCGAACGCGAGCGGCCUGUGAUUCCGAACCGCCCGUCGCCCAUACCCUUGCGCUCGGUGCGUGGCAUUAUCGAGGGACUUCGCCCGACAAAAACAUCGCCUAUCACAGAAUCGGCAUCUAUGCUGGAGCAAAAUGCGGCGUCUUCGUCCAGCAGUGCACCGUCUUCCUCCGUGCCGGCGGAGUGGUUCGAACUCCGAAAGGGCCAGUAUGAUUAUCCAUUCAGCAUCUCACUACCGCGUGACUUGCCACCUUCAUUGCACGCCGAUUUUGGGCAUGUAGUCUACUUGCUACGUGCGACGGUAUUCCGCAGUGGGCCGCUGGUCAGCAAUCUGACGGAUCAAUGCGAGGUGACACUCGUACAGAUACCUAUGAACGACCCGACCACCGCGUCAGACUCCAUUGUGGUCAACAGAACCUGUGACGACUUGCUGUCCUAUGCGGUGUCGGUCGAUGGCCACAGCUUUCCCAUCGGCACGACCAUCCCGAUGCAUCUCACCAUGAUCCCGAUCGGGAAGACGCGUGUGCACUGCAUAACCUGUACGCUCGAGGAACAGACUGUGUACUAUGCGAACGAGCGCAAAACAAUGCGCCAGGAGAAGCCACAUAAAUGGAAUUUUCUGCGUUUACAGAACGCGUCGAUCACAGACCCUCUCUUGCCGCUGAUGGACGGCGGAGAAGAUGCGCUUGCAGCUUCGCCACUGUAUCCUUUCAUCGAGGCAGCUGCACGCCAGCAUCCAAGUGAGGAAGAAGAAAUCCGCUUGGCGCCUUUGAACCCUGUCGGCCCAUGGCACCUCGUCAUGGAUUUAAGCGUGUACAUGAAGCGCCAAAAAAUCAUCAACAUUUCAUGCCAGCACCCCAAGUCGAAUGUGGCGGUGCAUCACACUUUGAAAGUGAUUCUGCGCGUCGAGCAAAUGCCCGAUGACGCGUCUGCGAAUCCACGUAUUCUCGACAUUGCCAUCUUGAUACCCAUCCACAUCACCCACUCGAAAACGUCAUGUGAGUGGCUCCGGCUUCCCAGCUACGAGUCGUCCCAGCCUGCGCCGUCCUAUGAAAUGCAUUCGCCUGAAUACCGUCCCCAUCCAAGCUCGCCCCCGCCGCCUUUGUGA